AUGGGCACCCAACCCUCGGAUAUCCCCAAUGGCAAGAUCACCGACAAUUCAACCGAUCCUGGUGGUGAUAUAAUGGGCGAAAUGAGCGACAGAGAGCGGAAUCUCUACGAUGAAGGAAUGAAAAAGUUCUCGCGUCUGGGCUGGAAGCGAUUGACAGUGGUCCUGAUUGUGGAAGCCAUUGCACUAGGCACACUGUCUAUUCCCUCCUCCUUCGCCACACUAGGGAUGGUUGCUGGCAUCAUAUGCACCGUUGGAAUUGGCCUUGUUGCCAUUUAUACAAGCUACGUGAUCGGUCAGGUCAAACUUGCAUAUCCGGAGAUUACCAACUACGCUGACGCCGGCCGUCUGAUGGGAGGCCGGGUUGGUUAUGAAAUAGUGAGCGUGAUGCUCGGUCUCCAACUCACCUUUCUUACGGCUUCGCAUUGCUUGACUGGCACAAUUGCCCUGCAAGUGGUCACCCAGACUGUCCCACCUAGCUUCACCGAGAUGGCGAUAUUAGGCUAUAUCGACUUUGGCUCCAUCAUUAUAGCGAUCGGAAUCACUAUUAUCGCUGCCGGUAUCGAGAACAACAACGCCGCCACCGCCGUACAAAGCGCGGCUUGGUCAGCGUGGCCACCAGAGGGUACGAGUUUCACAGACGCAUUUAUCGCCGUUUCGAAUAUCAUCUUCGCCUACAGCUUUGCAAUUUGCCAAUUCUCGUUUAUGGACGAGAUGCACACUCCGAAGGACUAUGUCAAAUCGAUCUGGGCUUUGGGUAUCACGGAGAUCUUGAUUUAUACCGUGAGCAGUGCGUUGAUUUACUCCUUCAUCGGUGCGGAAGUCAAAGGUCCUGCUAUGCUUUCUAUCAAUGAAACCGUAAGCCGGAUUGCAUUUGGAGUGGCACUGCCUGUCAUCUUCAUCAGCGGCUCUAUCAAUACCGUUGUUGCUGGGCGGUUGUUACAUGGUAGAAUCUUUAAGAACUCUACUAUACGCUUCAUUAACAGCGCCGCCGGGUGGGCAACCUGGUUAGGAAUCAUCACAGUAAUCACGAUUAUUGCUUUUGUGAUUGCUGAGGUAAUUCCCUUCUUCGAAGAUCUACUUUCCUUGAUCUCCGCCCUUUUUAUUUCUGGCUUCACAUUCUACAUCCCAGCAUUGAUGUGGCUUAUCUUGAUCCGGAAGGGGAGCUGGACUUCACCCCGUAACUUGGCACUGGGAGCUCUCAACCUAGCAGUCCUGGUGAUAGGCUUGGUAAUCUUGGCGGGUGGAACGUAUGCCAGUAUUCAAGAUAUUCUUGACAAUUAUAAAAAGGGGACAGUCGGAAGCGCCUUUUCCUGUGGAAAACAAUAUUAA